CUAAAUUAAGAGUGAAGUGAUGAUUCCCGUGAAUACAAUUCAAUAUCUUAACCUUGAAAUUUAAAUGAAAAUCUGUCAAGUGCAUUGGUAAUACUCAUUGCAGAACAACAUUUCGUAUACGCCAUGUGGUUAUUAUUAUUCAUGGUUGCUUUAAGCGGCAUCAAUGCCGAUAUACCCAAUUGUGAUUACUAUGACACAGUGAGAUUGUCGGAAGACCAAAAGUUACUAAAUGGUUCGUACAAGUACCAGAAUAUCAUAAUUCCACCGGAACUAACUGGUGAAUAUGAUUACGAGAUUCGUAUGGACGGAGACUCCGAGAAGGUUUCAAGGCAUCUGCGCGGUUGUGCUUGUCGCUUAGGCACUUGCAUACGAUACUGUUGUCCCAAGAACCAGAAGCUCGUUGUCGAAGAGCGCAGAUGCAGCGAGGAUAUUCAGGACUUAGAUGACUUUGAUGGCCUUGUGGAUUUCGUUUGGACGAAUGGCACCGAAAUGAAGAUACACGUCCCCGAUGACUUGAUCAUACAAAGAGAUCUUCCGGUGCCUUGCUCAGAGCAUAUCAGUAUUAUCGCUGAUUAUAAAUGGAAACUGCUGGAGAAUGGAAAUAUCGCAUACCUAUUUGUGUCAGAUAAUUCAAGUAACCAACGAUCCAAAAAUCAAUAUUGUCUACAGCCUCAGCGAUUUGAUAACGAAUCAAGGGUCGAACUGAUUCCACAAUUUUGCGAAGAUCCUCAAACUAUAUGGCCAACCAUAACGCUGCUUAUACUGAGUAUUGUUUGCUCCGUUCUUACGAUCGCUGUCUACAUGGGAUUGCCAAAACUACGAAAUCUUCAUGGAAUUUGUUUCAUUUGUUACUUGUUCAUGUUGGUAGUGACUUUUUUGUUGCUACUUUUAAUCAACAUUUAUAAUUCGUUUAUGUCGGAAAAUCAAUGCAAAGCAAUUGGUUACGUUGGAUACUUUGCUGAAAUGUCGAGAUUUCAUUGGCUCAGUGUUAUAAGCUUCGAUUUGUGGAAGAGCUUUCGGGGCACCAACUAUAACGAAGAUUAUACAAUCGCAUAUCGGUUCACCAUCUAUAGCAUAAUUGUCUGGACAUCUGCGGCUGCUUUAACCCUAAUUAUAUUUAUUAUUGAUAGCACUUUGGAUCCAAAUGAUAUAGAUCAACUACCUUGGAUGCCAGGAGUGGGAAUAUACUCCUGCUGGGUCAAAAGUGAGUAG